AUGGUAGCGCAGUAUUUUUGUUUGAGAGUUGCAGUGGCGAGCAGUCAAAACUUGACCUCUAAUAUAUAUCCCAGCUUCUAUCGUCACAUUGCAUCCUCUGAGUCUACUCAACAAAGAAAAACACACAUGUCGACACAAACUACAGUUGCAUCUGAAUACUCAUCUGAGAUCCAUUCUGUACCCAUUGAACACAGAUUCAACCCAUACUCAGACAAUGGAGGAACAGUAUUGGGAAUUGCCGGUGAAGAUUUCGCUGUUCUUGCAGGUGAUACUAGACAAGUUGAAGGGUAUUCGAUACAAUCUAGGUAUGAACCUAAGAUUCACAAUGUUGGGGAUAAUAUAUUAAUGACAGCCAAUGGGUUUGCUGCUGAUGGAGUGGCUUUGAUCGACAAAUUUAAACAAUCAUUUACUUGGUAUAAAUUUGACAAUGGGAAUAGAAAAUUGGAAAUAAGUAGUGCUGCUAGAUACAUUCAACAUCUUUUGUAUGGAAAGAGGUUCUUUCCUUACUAUGUGAGUACAUUAAUUGCCGGAUUGGAUGAGGAAGGCAAAGGUGCUGUAUAUUCAUACGAUCCGGUUGGAAGUUAUGAAAGAGAACAAUGCAGAGCAGGAGGUGCCGCUGCCAGUUUGAUUAUGCCAUUUUUAGAUAACCAAGUCAAUUUCAAAAAUCAAUUUGUGCCAGGAACUGAUGGAAAGGAAAAGAAACCGUUGAAAUAUUUGUCAUUGGAAGAAGUUAUACAAUUAGUACGAGAUGCAUUUAAUUCGGCCGGUGAAAGACAUAUUUAUGUUGGUGAUGGAUUAGAAAUUUUGAUUGUAACGAAAGAUGGAGUUAGAACUGAAUAUUACCCAUUAAAGAGAGAUUAA